CACUAACAACUCAUACCUAAGAGUGAAAGAAGCCUUGCCUUGGUUUCACGCCCUAAGUGUGAUUCAUUCAGUGUCACCGAUAUUUCCUCCUUCUCCCCCCUCCUUCACCUUCUUUUUCAUUUUCACUGUCCCUCUUACAAAAAAAGAAGAGUCUACUUUUUACAAAGUUGCCUUGUUCUUCUUGUUACUCAUUUCCUAUUGGACGCUAAAAUUCCCCUUUUUUUACUUUUUCCGUCAAUCCUUUUUGACAAGGGCGACGCUCGUGCCAGACGCUAGCGGAGAGCUUGUCACUGCAAAAGACUGGAGAUAAACAGGGAAUCAUUAAGGGCGCGUCGCAGAACCAAGGCCUUACAACAAAGACUGGAGAGAAACAUCCGGCUUCAGGCAACCAACAAACGCUGAAAGAGUUAUCCAAAGGGAGGCAAAUACAGAUCGACUAUUCAAUCAUCGGAUGCUUGCAUUUGAUUCUUUGUUUGGAAACGGCAGCUUCAUCGGACAGCUGCGCAGUUUGGUGGAUAUGGCGACUUCACAAUCUUCUACCUCUUCGACUUCGCCGUCGCGCAACGGUAACGGUAACGGUGUAUCACUGGACACAACGCCCUGCACUUCACAAGCGCCCAUUGUCGCCCCGCGAAAAAGGCGCCCGCAGCGCAUCUACCGGCCCGCAAAGAACUCGCUCUACGACAUCUUUCAGCAACACGCCGGCACAUCGCUCUUUGUGCGACCCAUUUGUUGGACAGAUUUACACGCUCAGCUGCUCGGUGCGAGAUGGGAGGAACUGCCGCCUUGCGAUACACCUCAGCCUUCAGCGGCCCCAGGCACGCCACCAUCGCGAGGACAUCUGAGCCCAUCGAAUACCAUCAUCAGCCUUAGCAACGCGCUCACGCAGAUUCUCCUGCCCGAUCCAUUGCAUCCUAUCCUAUCCUCCAACGCUGUCAAGUCGGUUCUCAACACGCUGUGGCCUACACCUUUCAACAAGCCCCAGUACCUGCCCGAACUCCAUCUAUAUUUUGGCGGUCGCGUUUACCGUGACGCUGUACGCGCGCAGCUUAUGUGGAACUACCCUUCUGAGGAUGCAAAGUCUUCAUACUCUUCAUUCAAAUCAGUUUCGACGCGACCCGCUGAAUCCUUCAACAUCUCAACACAGUCCUCGCCAAACUACAGCCCCGCCAAUUUACCCAUGAUCUGUUACAUUGGCAAGACUCAAUUGGCUUCAGUCCGAAACAACCUUUUUCGCGUCGCUUCUGGACCUGGAAGGACAUGGAACGAACCCGUGUUUCGCCUCCAGCAACUGCGCGCUCGCAUCCUCGUACCUUCAAAUUCCGAUCACGAUGCUCAUUUUGUGGGCGUCUUUCUAGGGAUGGCGCAGAAGCACUUCUACCCUACCCCACCUAUCAGUGGCAGACGCGACUCGCGCAUUUCACCAGGACAGGGCAUUCCUCCAAGCCCUAACUUUCACGACAUCAAGUUGAAGAUUCUCACGCACGACAUUGAUACAUCCGAGUUUAUUGUUUACACUGGCCACAUCACAAAGGAGUUCUUGGAGAAGUUCCACGAUCCCUUCAAGGCUCCAGCUGACGAUGACGAUGCUAUUGUUUCUGGUCUCAGGAUCGAAUACACAAGAGUUCCUAUCUGGCCGAUUUUGGGACUCAGAGAGAGACUAGGCAAAGCUCUAGGUCAAGAGAUUGUCGGAACCUUCAACCCAGAUGAGAUCGAGACAUGGGAGAAAGAUCCCGAGAAACCAACUGGCGAGAAGCGCAAGCGCGAUGUCCUCACCGAGGUCGUCAGCAGUAGCUACGAGGAAGAGACCGAGGAAGAGCCAGCAAUCGUUUCAAAGAAACGCUGUCUAAACGAGGGUACACCUGUGGGCGUGGUGAUGUGAAAGCAAGCUACAUGCAGUGUAUGAUAUGAAACUGAGACGGGUUGGAUAUACCCCACGGUUUAAUUUUGAGGGCAACAGGACGCAUUCGGUAUACGCAAUACAUUUGGCUGGGCUGGACUGUCUUUGGGAUUGCAUGAAGACUCAAUCUGCCUCACAGGCACGCAUGACAUGGACAAUGGCGCAGGGUUAUAAGAUAGUUGACGGCGCAAGGUUAUCUGGGCAUUAGGGUAUGUAUGAGCAACAAACAGCAUUUGGCUUUGGGGUCUGGUUAUGAAUUGAGCUUUCAGAGGGACUGAAGUGAGGGAUAGGUUUAGGACAUGUACAUAUGGUUUUGAUCUUUCUAGCGAGAUGGUCUGCGUUUAAUCACGAAUUCAAUGACAUUUCUUGAG